CAUCUGAAGAGUUGUCAAUCGGUGGGAUGACAUUUACUACAUUUGAUCUGGGAGGACACGUACAAGCUCGCAGAGUGUGGAAGAACUACCUUCCGGCUGUGAACGGAGUCGUGUUUCUCGUCGACUGUGCGGAUCACGACAGACUCACAGAGUCCAAGACUGAACUCGAUGCUCUCCUGGGAGAUGAGACCAUAGUCAAUGUACCGGUGUUGGUGCUGGGUAAUAAAAUUGACCGCCCCGAGGCCAUCAGUGAAGGAGGACUGAGAGGAGCUUUUGCUCUCGAUGGUCAAGUUACGGGAAAGGGAAAUGUCUCUUUGAAGGAGCUGAACGCCCGACCGCUGGAGAUUUUCAUGUGCAGCGUGCUGAAAAAACAAGGCUACGGGGAAGGUUUCAGAUGGUUAUCCCAGUACAUUGACUGACACAGACGCUUAACCAGAAGGGGUUUUCUUGACACAUUUUCACACACCAUGACAAGGACUUUGUCACUUUGCCAGUGUCAAUCAGCCCAAAUCUCAGACGUUAUUAUUCAGAGCAUAUUAAGAGCAUCUUCUUUUUAAAGUAUUUAUUCAGGAUUUAAAGGUUUCUAUGCAAACUUUUAAAAGUGGUUCAUGGUGAACUGUCCUGCCUGUGUUAUUAAUGUGGGAAUUAACUUAAUUGUCUAACUCCAUGGCACGUUAAUUAGGUUGCAUCCAAAGAUUACAUCAUACCUGGUUACAGUACACAAGCAGACAUACUUUAUGCAAAAAUGUAGAUAAAUACACAUUGGUGUUGCUUUAUUUAAUACAGAAUAGACCAACGUCUCUAGUUGCAGUAUAUUAGGAAGCAAGUGAUGAAAAUUAGUUCAAUGCUUGUCUGACAUCAGAUUAAAACGGUUGAGCUUAGAUUUUAAAAUAUAUAGCUAAAUACAGGAGAUUAAUUUCAGCUCAUUUAAUCUAAUGAUACGCAGCCACUGCCUUCAAAGCAUAUAGCCAAAGAUGUAUGCUAAUGACUUUGGGAUUAGCAGGGAGAGAGAUUGGACUUCAACAAAAGAUAUCUUCCAUGCUGAGCGCACUGAGCCAAAAUAACAUCAAAUCCCCUUUAGAAACCAAAACAGAGGAGGAGACGGCAUGUCCCACAAAUAAAGGCAAAGACGACGAGUAAACAGUCAAACUGAACAGCUCACUGAUGAGUAUGUUGCGCAUAAUGUGUGUCUCAGUUUCAGUGUCAUGAUUGAAUUGGCUUGUUUAGUUUUGCAUUUUUUUUCCGUAUGUGUCAACCCAAAGUUACUGUACAUGAAGGCAGCUAAAUUGAAGAGUGUUAGAAAUAAGUCUUUGACUUCGAGCUGUUCAGGACAGAACUCAAUGAUAAAAAGUUCAUGCAGAACUUUUAUGUUCGAUGGCUGCCCUUGUUUUACCAUGAAGGCUGUAAUAAUGCAUUGCCCCCAAAAAUGUGGGAAGCAAUAAAGUAGAAUGACUAACGUUACUGUAGCGGAGACAAUCUUACUCCUCUGUAUGUGAGGGUAGGAAAGAAUAUACAGUAUUUAGUUCUGAGCCUGCUAAUGACAGCCCAGUCAAUACAAGAAAAUGUUGAUAUUGUACGUUUCUGCAAACCACGACUAUAUUACAUUUGAACCUUUCAUACUUAUUAUAUCAACCGUUUUACACUGCCUGUUCAAGGCAGGAAUAUUGUUCUGUUAUUCUGCCUUGGUGUUCUGUGUUAAAAAAGGUAUGAUUGCAGUAUGGGGAGACAGAGUUGUCUCACCUUUUAAGAGUAACUUAAACCCACUUUUGGCUUGUGUGCCUCCUCCCUGGAAUGUGAAAAAAGUCUCAAAAAUGGACGAUUUCUGGGACGAAGGCUAAGACAUGCCAAGUAAACUAACCGUGCCACCUCUUGAUCCACAGCACCUUCCUGCCCCCUGCACACACACAAAGUAGUUUAUUGGUAAGAGUGCAGCUUUGACAAAACAUGUUCUUUUCCUAACUUUAAUCAAGCCGUUUUCGUGCUUAAACUCAGUCACAAGUUAACCACAGCAUUGUUGAAAUAAAGUUUCAGUGCAUCUCCUACAUAAUCUAGUGCAAAUGUAAAGUGUCCAUGGUUUGCAGAAACGUACAAUGCCAACAUUUUUUGUGACAAUUGGUUUGCAAUUGAAAGUUACUAAUUAAAUAUUUUUUUAAUUUAUUCCUCAGCCUUAGCAAUAUAUUGACAUGUCACCAUCUUGUUGGCUGUGUAACAGGGUUGAAGUGCUGCAGAUGAUGUACUUUUUGACUAUCUUAAAAGAUAUGAGAGUGCACUCACAAACAUUAGCAUGUUAACCUGUAAAUUAAUAUUCUAUUUUAGCUAUUCAAGUCCAUGCAUACAUUUUUACAGUUAGCUGUGUAAAAUUGUAUCUUUAAUGUGAAAAAUUGGAAAUCCUUAUUAAAGGGGAACAGAAGCAUUUGAUCGUUGUACCCCAUCCACUGUUUCCUGCAUCCCAUGUUUACAGGGUAACAUUUUGAAUAUUCUGUGUAUUAAUAAAUGCAGGGGUGUUUGUGACUGAGAUAAAAUAUACAGAUGAAACAGAUUUUUCUUUUUCUUUUUUUAAACAGGGAAUCUUGAGUGUUUACCGAUAUGCAGCAUGCAUGUAAACAAACUGCUUUUCCUUUGAACAGUGUUAUGUACCAGUCGCUGAACUCCUGUAAAUUAUGUAUAAUACAGAUGUAAAUGUUUGUACAGUAACUGCCUAAUUAAGCACUGGGGUUAUUUAUAGCCGAUUAACUUGAAAUAAUAUUUGCAGUAAUUAUCUGUGCAAAUAGUUUCAACAUGAAUGAUGACAUGCACACAUAAAAGAUGAAUCUAUGUUACGAGUGAUUGACGUAAUAAAACUUUGU